AUGUUGAACGUAAUGGCAGCGGUGACGACCAGCCUGCCGAAUCGAGUAGAUCCGACGCCGACUACAUCGAGCAACGCGAGCACAUCGUCCAGCACCGCGGCGAACAACGUGACCUCGGUCCCCGUCGAGAAUCCGACCGUCGAGAAUCUGCCGGAGAACGUGAACGUGUUUGUGGUGGUGAUCAAGGGUAUAAUCAUGGGCAGCAUAAUCACGACCGCUGUGCUCGGGAACGCGUUGGUGAUCGCCAGCGUGCGAAGGCACAGACGGUUACGUGUGGUGACGAACUGUUACGUGGUCAGUUUGGCGGCGGCCGAUCUCUUGGUGGCGAUGUGCGCGAUGACGUUCAACGCGUCCGCUGAACUGUCCGGCGGCAAAUGGCUGUUCGGCCGGUUCAUGUGCGACGUUUGGAACUCCCUGGACGUUUACUUCUCCACCGCCUCGAUACUGCAUCUGUGCUGCAUCAGCGUCGACAGGUACUACGCGAUCGUCAGCCCGCUGGAGUACACGGUCAUCAUGAGACAGGGCACCGUUGGAUGCAUGCUGGGCAGCGCUUGGGUGCUACCGGCGCUGAUCAGCUUUAUACCGAUAUUCAUGGGCUGGUACACCACGCAGCAUCAUUUGGACUAUAUGCUGAAGAAUCCUGACGUCUGUUCGUUCGUGGCGAACAGGACGUACGCGGUAAUAAGCUCGUCAGUCUCAUUCUGGAUACCUGGCCUGGUGAUGAUAGUGAUGUACUAUAAGAUUUACAAGGAAGCAGUCAGGCAAAGGAAGGCGCUCAGCAGGACAUCGAGUAACAUCGUUUUGAAUAGCGUCCACCACCACAGGUCCUCGACCAGGCAACACCAUCAUCAGCAGAUGCUGCUCCAAGCGGCGGCCGAAACCGGUGUGCGUGUUCACGGUGAACCGUGCGUACGCGGUAGUCAGCUCGUCGGUCUCUUUCUGGGUGCCUGGUCUCGUGAUGAUCGUGAUGUACUGCAAGAUCUACAAGGAGGCCGUGCGUCAAAGGGAGGCACUCAGCCGCGCCUCGAGCCAUACCGUCCUAAAUAGUGUUCACUUGCACCGCUCGUCCACAUCCAGACACC